GAUCGGCCGUGUCGUUUCCGACAUUGUUCAUUUCAUCGACAUGAAUAGUUUUGUGUAGGGUCUGUGUGUUCACGUAAAACUCUUUUUCUUUUCGAAAUCGAUAUGGUCAGUUAGUGGAAAUCAUAAGUGAAUGGUCAUUUUCCGCUGUCCGACCCGGAAAAUAUCUCCCAGUGCAGUUCCAAAAUGGCGAUGACGUGCUGCUGGAGGCCGGAAAAACAAUAUUAGGGGGAGGAGGUAACUGAGAAGACCCGCAUUCAGCCAAAAAAUAUGGCUGAACUCAAACAUUCGUUAUAUCUCUCACAGCUGAGAGCUAUGCUGAAGAGGAAUUUACUGCUGAAGAAAAGAGAAAAGCGAAAAACAACAGCGGAAGUACUUUUACCUUUAUACUCUUUGGCUAUAUUAAUCGUCAUCAAAAUUACAAUGCCAAAUCCCAAUCUACCAGCAAUCGAUACCCCCCGUGGAGAAGAAGAACUUUUACACCAUUUUGGAAAAGUAGAAUCUCAUACCAUAGCUGUAGUACCGAAUACAUCGGAAGUAGUGUACUUUUUAGAACAAAUAGACAACCUAUGGAGCUCGAUCAGUUACAUGAAUCUCUCAAAAAUAAACUGGGUUCUUUAUGCUAGUGAAAAGGAUCUCAUGUCUGAAUAUUGGCAUAGACCCAAGUACAUUCCAAUAGCAGUCUUAUUUGAUAAUCAAGAUCCAUUGGAUGGUCCACUUAAGUAUGAGAUCCGAACAAAUCCUUCCAUAAUUGGAACACCACCAACUUCAAUAUUGUACAGUUCUCCGUUAGCGUGUCGAGAUACUAACAACAAAUGGUACAGUUAUGCUAGAGUUAUACCAGCAAUGGAAGGUGGCGAUAGUUGUCCUGUGAAUCAGUAUUAUUUCUCUGGAUUUUUAGCCCUUCAGGCACUUAUUGAUUACACAAGGAUAAGAAUCGACACAAACGCAGACCUUAAAGUGCCUCAAUUACUGUUAGAAAUGUUUCCUAAGCCAGCGCAUACCGGCAACUGGAUGUUUCUCAUCCGCAUAAUCAUUCCUAUUUACAUGGUCAUGGCUUUAUCCCAAUUCAUAGCUUACCUUUUGAUCCUUAUAGUAGGUGAGAAGGAAAAGAAAAUCAAAGAAGGGAUGAAGAUAAUGGGAUUGAAGGAUUCAGUUUUUUGGUUAUCAUGGUUUAUAAUAUACGGAGUUUUUGUACUAUUUUUGUCAGUCGUCUGUGUAGUGCUUUUGUAUAGUCUAAAAGUAUUUAUACAUACAAAUUUUCUACUGAUAUUUAUUUUGAUUGUACUCUACUGUUUUUCGAUUAUAAUGUUUGGAUUCAUGAUAACGCCAUUUUUCGAUAAAUCGAGGACUGCCGGAAUACUGAGCAAUUUUGUAGUAAUAAUAAUGAGCAUGUUUUAUUUUGUACAAGUGUUUUUGAAAGAUUCAAAUCCAAUCGCUUUAUGGUUUAUGUCUUUAAUAAGUCCAUCAGGAUUUGCCCUUGCCAUCGACAAUGCUAUAGUUAUGGAUUUGUCUGGAGAAGGAGUAAAUAUAAGUAAUAUCUGGUCAGGUCGCGGUGUUCCUUUUGGAGGUAGUCUAAUAAUGAUGGCAGUCGAUAUUGUAGUUUAUGGUUUAUUAGCAUAUUAUUUAGACAGUGUUAUACCUAGUGAAUAUGGUAUAAAACGUCCUCCAUUAUUUUGUUUUAAACUGUCAUUUUGGUUUCCUAAGAAGACUCUUCAAAAGAUUCCCCUUGCAAACGGAGAAAGUUCAGAACAUUCAUUAAAUAAUACGGACUAUACCUUAGACGUUGAGCCGGUUCCCAGAGAAAUGCGUGGGAGGGAAGCAAUUAAAAUUGUGGAUCUUUAUAAAACAUUUCAGCAUUGUCAAAAACCCGAAAUCAAGGCUGUGAACGGAAUCAAUCUCACGAUAUACGAAGGGCACAUAACAGCUAUUUUAGGUCAUAACGGCGCAGGAAAAACUACUUUAUUUAAUAUUUUAACUGGUUUGACAGCUCCUUCUGCUGGCACCGCAUAUAUUUUUGGACAUGAUGUCAGAGAUCCCAACGACAUGGACGCAAUUAGACGAAUGACAGGCGUUUGCCCUCAGCAUGAUAUCUUAUUCGAUAAUCUGUCACCACGAGAACAUUUAGAAUUUUUCGCAGCUGUAAAAGGAAUCCACCCGUCGUUGAUAGAAUUUGAGGUUAUGAAAACACUCCGCGAUAUCGAUUUAACGGAUAAGGCGAAUUCUUCAAGUAAACAUUUAAGUGGAGGACAAAAAAGAAAACUGUCUAUCGGAAUUGCUAUUAUAGGGGACCCUAAAAUUGUUAUAUUGGAUGAACCAACAGCUGGUGUAGACCCUUAUUCACGAAGGCAUAUGUGGUCAGUUUUGCAAAAUAAACGACAUGGUAGGGUUAUUUUAUUGACAACGCAUUUUAUGGACGAAGCAGAUAUUCUAGCUGAUAGGAAAGCAGUAGUGUCGAAAGGCAACAUACGGUGCUGCGGAAGUUCUUUGUUCUUAAAAAACAAAUUCGGAAUUGGUUAUCAUCUGACACUUGUAUUGGAGGGACAUUCUAAGGAAAACGCAAUCAACAAACUAGUAAUAACGCACGUGCCUAAAGCAGAAAAAGCUCGAAGACAUGGAAGAGAAUUAAGCUUUAUACUACCUCAUAAUGCCGUAUCGAAUUUUGCGUCUUUAUUUUCAGCGAUAGAGCAAGAAAUUAAUAAUAAAAGUAGCAAAUUAGGAAUUUCUAGUUACGGUGUCUCGAUGACGACAUUGGAAGAAGUAUUUCUUCAUUUGGAAAGAGACGAAGAAACGGAAGAAGAUACCGUAGACAAUCUGUCGAAGAAAAUAGUGAGGAACAGAGCCCUAAGUAGGAGCCUUAGUUUACAAAAUAAGAGUACGAGUUAUCAGUCUUUACAAAAUGAAAGUAACAAUGCUCUCAUUCAAGAUGCCAAAGCUGCGGGUGAUUUUGAAACCUGUGAGUCUCCUAUCAAAGGCAUAGGUUUGGACUCCAUAGAAUGCCAUCCAAAUUGGUUCCAAACAUUGAUAGCUUUGUUGAGGUUAAGGAUUCUUAGAUUGCGGCGGGAUAUCAAGAAAUUAUACGUUAUGAUAUUUCUACCUUUAGGUUUAGCUGUUCUAGGAUUAUUUGUUAAUAGCAUGGAAACGGGUCAAUUGCGAACAAAGUCGUUGGUCCUGAACCUAACAACUUAUCCUUCAAUGCCAAUAGCUGUACAUAACGGAUCCGAUGCCAAUGUGGAUGAUUUUCUAAUUCAAUUACUAGAUUUAGGAGUUGACGUAUUAGACGACUACGAUGGAAAUUUUUCAUCUUUGUUAAAUAUAGCGCCUCAUAUGGUGGCCUUUAAUGUGAAUAGAUUUGAUUAUCCGGAUUAUAGUGUGACAGUACUCUACAAUGACACCGAGCAGCACAGCUUGCCUAUAGCUGUUAAUUUAAUCAACAAUGCCCUCUACAGACUCUUAACUGGUGAAAUGGAAAUCAGUGAGAAAUGGAAUCCUAUCCAAGUAAGAAGUCAGCCUUUUCAACAAACAUCAAGUGACUUUAGUCUGGGAAUGGGUACUGCCACGUUUACUAUGGGAAUGAUUUUUGCCCUUAUACCAGUUACUUUGGCGACUGACAUGGUGUAUGAUAGAGAGAUAAAAGCAAAAAAUCAACUACGAGUAAAUGGCCUAUCAUUUUCUUUAUACUUUAUAAGCUAUUUUAUCGUGCUGGCAGUCAUAAUGGCUUUUAUUUGUUCGGUACUACUGUUGCUUGUACUACUAUUUAAAACACCGUCAUUAUCUUCGUGGCCUGCACUAACUACAAUAGGAAUACUAAUUCUGUUUUACUGUCCAUCGUCCAUCCUGUUCAGUACUUGCGUUAGUUAUAUAUUUGAUAAAACAGAUUCAGCGCAGUCAAUUAUGUCAAAUGUAGCGACUUUUCUUGGAUGGAUUCCUUUUUUGUUGGUUAUGAUACUAGGUGGAAAUGUAGCUCUAAUACUUCAUAUAGUCUGUUCUCUCCUAAACACCAUGUAUCUUCCUUACGCAAUCAUCUAUUUUGUACAAAGAGUUGAUUUGGCUUGCAAGAGCAAUUUCGGUUGUACAGAACUUACAUUAAAAAAUUACAUGACAAUAGAAAUAGUCGUUAUGUUUGUGGGAUUAAUUUUACAUAUUCCGUUUUGGUUCUUUAUACUUCUUAUAGUGGAUAUUAAGAAGAAUGGAGGAAAAGCGAGAGAUAUAUUUAAGUUUCGAAAGAAAGUUGUGGAUGAUUUCACGGAAGAUGCCAAUGAAGCCAGCGAUAUUGGUGAAAAUGAAGACCAAGAUGUUAAAGCUGAAAGACAAAAAGUGAAAAAUCUAAUGCACAAUCACAUUAUAAACCCACCAGUCGUUAUGGUAGAGAAUUUACAUAAAGAGUAUAUUAAAAGCGAACUCAGAUGUACAUGCUGUAAAUCAGAAGAAGAAUCUGAGACAACGAAAAUAGCAGUUAAGUCUCUUUCCCUAGCCGUAGAUGCCGGUGAAGUCUUCGGCCUUUUAGGUCACAAUGGUGCUGGAAAAACCACCACAAUGAAGAUAAUUACAGCCGAAGAAGCUCCGACUAGGGGGCGAGUUCAAAUAGCAGGAAACAGUAUAACAUCAAAUAUGAAUUCUGCAUUUCAACUGCUGGGCUAUUGUCCACAACAUGAUGCUUUGUGGAAAAACAUUACUGUUAGAGAACACUUAGAAGUUUAUGCUUCCAUAAGGGGUGUGCCUUAUCAAUCCAUUUCACGUCUAGUCAAUUCGUAUUUGAGUGGACUUCAAAUCCACGAACACGCAGAUAAGCAGACUCAUCAGUGUUCAGGUGGUACGAGAAGAAAACUUAGUUUUGCCAUGGCCAUGGUCGGCAAUCCAAAAGUAGUACUUUUAGACGAACCAAGUACGGGUAUGGACCCCAGGAGUAAGAGGUUCUUGUGGGAUACUGUGUUAGCCAGUUUUCAGGGUUCAAAAGGAGCUAUUUUAACCACACAUUCCAUGGAAGAAGCCGAUGCAUUAUGUUCUAGGGUAGGAAUUAUGGUCAAGGGAGAAUUAAGGUGUCUUGGUUCAACUCAACACCUGAAAAAUUUAUAUGGUGCUGGAUACACGUUGGAAAUGAAGUUGGGCGGUGGAGAUAUGACACCAACAUCAGACUCAGGUGAUAGACACGAUGAACUUCGGGAGUUUAUAUCAUCUCUAUUUCCCGACGCAGCUCUUCAAGAAAUCUUCGCCGAUAGACUUGUGUUUAGUGUUCCCCAACAAAGUGUUCCAUCUUUAGCUAAUUGUUUUAAACAAUUAGAAAAAGCUAAGACGGAGUUGGACAUUGAAGAAUACAGUUUCAGUCAGACUACACUAGAGCAAGUGUUCUUGAAAUUCGCCCAUGAAAGCGAAAAUGAUGAAUCGUAGAAAUGAAUGAGAAGUAAUCGUAAACAUAGUGUUUAUUCAAUUGUGAUCCUAACAUAAUUAGUUUAAGUGUAAAAGAUAUCUAAAAGACCGUCGUUUUUAAAUUUUUAUAUUUACUAUGUUCAUUUGAUUACUGACAUACAAUGUUGUAGUCCCCAUUACACCGUCACUUUCUAAAAAUGAUUACAAAAGCCUUAAAAAUGAUUUUAACUGCUUCGUUUGACCGAGUCUACCACUUUCUGGUGGUUUUACAAAAGCACAAAACAUCAGAGUUAGACUAGUACUGGAUAAUACAAAAAUUUUUAACAGAAUGAGGAAAUUUUUCUGUAAUCGCAAUAUCAAUAUAACGCUCCGGAUAAGAAUGCUUCGUUGUUAUAUUUUCUCCACCCUUUUGUAUGGGGUUGAGGCAUGGACACUAAAACAAUCCAACAUUAAAAACCUGGAAGCAUUCGAAAUGUGGUGUUAUAGACGUGUUCUGAAAAUAUCAUGGACAGAUCGUAAAACAAACGCACAAGUGCUCGAACAACUAGGAAAACAAUGCGAAGUUUUAAAUUCCAUAAAAAUCAGGAAGUUGGAAUACUUGGGGCACAUCAUGAGAGGUGAAAAAUACGAACUAUUAAGGAAUAUAAUGCAGGGCAAAAUCAAUGGCACAAGAAGCGUAGGAAGACGUAAAAUCUCGUGGCUACGCAAUGGUUUGGAUGCAGCUCAAUUGAACUAUUCCGGCGCGUAACCAACAAAAUUAUAAUUGCCAGAAUGAUUUCCAAUCUCCGAUAGGAGCGGAACUUUAAGAAGACCACUUUCUGAAAAUUUUCAGAAUGCAGAAUGGACGCUUUUCUACACGCAUAACACCUAUACCUGUAGUUCUAGCGCGGUUAUGUUUUAAUGGUUUUUUAUCUAAAGUUGAAACCAUUGGUGAACGACAAUGAACCACAUUCUUCUCUGAGAAUUAAAAUAAUGAAGAAAUAUUUGACAAAUCCAUAAAUAAUAUCUUGAAUUUUGCUUACAAAAAGUGGAAUUAAUUUAUCGGACUGGCUAUCUGAUCAAAAUUUUUAUUGGACAGUGCUGUGGUUGUAUAAAGGAUCCCUGAAUGUGAGUCGUGUCCGACAUUUUGUAAUUUCAAAACAUAACCUGUUAUAAUUAACAUAAUUACGUUAUCGGACUAAAGACGCGAGGCUGUAAAUUUGUCGUACAAGAGAUCCACAAUCUUUUGUAAGUACUUUUAAUAAAGAAUUAAGAAUUUAUAAUACCAAAACUGUACCGCGCUAGAGUGACAUAUUGCGGGUGUCGGACUCGACGAUCUCCCCCCCCCCUCUUUUUUGUUCGACAAAAAUAAUUUUUUUUAUUUUAACGUAUAAUCUUUGGCUUAAGAUUUAACGGUAGCGAGGUACCGGUAGCGUCGCUAGAGCUACAAGUUUAGGUGUUGUGCGUGCGGAAAAGUGUCCGAUCUACACUCUGAUAAUUUUCAGAAAGUGGUAGACUCGCUCAAACGAAGCAGUUAAAACCAUUUUUAAGACUUUUGUAAUCAUUUUCAAAAAGAGACGGUGUACUGCGGACUAUUAGUAAUCGAAUAUGAUAUUGCAUUGCUUUUGUUGAUACAUAUCUUGAUUUAGUACUUACCUAUUUGGUUGUUGGAAGUAUCCAUUCAGAUUUUGUAUCGAUUGAAUGUUUAUUGAUAUUGUUUUUAUUAAUGCGCCCAAUGUAACCCACUUUAUUUUACACGAUUAAUAGAAGCUGUACAUACAGUUUUAUGCAACCACUUACAAUAAAACAUAAAAGGAAGAAAUAACGAAGAGUACAAAAUUUGGCAACUAUGAUUUACAGCACUGAUUUCUAAUUUACAAAUUUCUUCAAAUUAUUUAUAUCAAUAUUCGGCGCUUUUUUCAAAUUAUUUAUUUUAAUAUAAUAUUAUAAAAGUAUAUUAUAAUGUAUAGUUCAGUGGUUCUCAACCUUUUUGCGUCAUGUUCCACAAAAUAAUUUUUAAUAUUUUUGGUACCACCUAACUGAAAUACCUAUCUAGGUAGGUAAUCUAAUAAACUAUAAUAUAGGUGCUGAUUUUGACUGUGCUUUUGGGUUUUGCGUACCACCUCAAAUAAUGAUAUGUACCACCAGUGGUUCAUGUAACACAGGUUGAGAAUCGCUGGUAUGGAUGAAUGGUGAAGUGUGACAGAUUUAGUUAGGGAGAUUUGUAUAUAUUAACCUUGGACAUAGAGAAUUAUUAUGUACACAUUUUGGAAUGUACCGUAAUAGGGCUCCGUGGCGCCAACGACUUGAUAAUCUCGAAUUUCUUCCGGACAAAUGACUUUUUCAAGCUUGGAAACACAAAGAUGUCGCACGAGGCCAAAUCUGGAGAAGACGGUGGAUGGGGCAGCAGUUCGUAGCCUAAUUCAUGGUGGCGCCCAAUUCAUGGUGGCGCCCAAUUCUGUGCGUUGUCAUGGUGGAAAGGCACUUUUUUCUUCGAAAAUAACAAUGAAAAUUUUUCUGAAUUCGACGUCUAAUCGACCAGGUUCGUGUCGAAGAUUCGGUUCGAACUAUAUGCUGUAUUAAUUAUUUGGAUUUUUUUUUAUUAUUUUUAUAUGAUAACUUAAUCAUCUGAAUGGAUACACAAAUAUUAACUUAUAGUAAAUGUUCCUUAAUUAAUCGUAUUUAAAUAUUUAUUUUUAUUACUCUGAUUUUUAUGAUUUUUUUGUUAAAUUUCAGCCAUCGAAUACUAAGGAUCUUCAACACUAAUCACACGUAAAUAUGAUGUACUAAAUGAUUUAAUUCUACUAUUUUAUUUUUAUUUGAAAUCCAAUUAAAUCAAAAUGGUUUAGUUUCAGAAAAUUUUAUUUAGAAACGAUACAAAUAAAAAAACAUUGAAAUAUUCAUUUAAACAUAAACAACAUAAAAUAGAUACUUUUGAAACAGAAUAGAAUCUUGUAAUAUGGUCAGGACAAACUGGUACAUAUAAUAACAGUUAAAAAAUAGGAACAAUAACAUAGCCAUUGCUUUCUAUUAUUGUCUACUUUCCAUACAUACUUUUAUUUGAUGUUCUCCAAACAAGGCACUACAAUGUUGCCACCACCAAAAUUGUUUUUCCCUUUAUUGUCUUUGGAUUACUAGAUCCAUUCAGCCACGAUAGAUAAUAAAUUACUGUUUGCUACAAUAUUCCAAAUAUAAUAACAUUACAUACAUGUGCGCACAUAUAAUACUUAUGCACGCACAUACAUACAUAGUUAUGUAUUUAUUUCAAUAGAGAUUUAGAUCGGUAAAUUUAAAUUUGACUGUUGAUUUUAGUAAAACCUGCUACAACGUUUGUGUUUUUAACAACAAGACACAGUUACAGGAAGCCUACAAUAUCAAUGCUUUUAUUUGGAGUAAAAUAAACUAAAGAGUAAAAAUCCGUAGAAAAUUAGGUGUUUUCGGUAGAUACACUGCCGAAUUAGUAGAGCUGGCAUCGUAGUGCAUAUUAUAGCGAGACUAGAAGCGCCCUACCUAGCAAAAUUAAAAGAUACACCAUAGCUAAGAGAUACAUAUGGUGACGAGAUCUUCACCGUACAUCCGUAUCUGUCAAAAGAUAAAAAAAUGCUCUAAUUAUAAAAAAUACAGUGCAUACCUAGCUUAAAAUAUGACCAGGAUUAUUUUUGGUACUUUAUUUUAAAUAAUAGAAGGUACUUAACAAUUUACUUAACAAAAGUUACUUAACAAUUUUCUAUUUGACAGUCUGGGAAUACAGUGGACUUUCUCUAUAACGAACACGGAUAUUACGAGGUUUCGCUUAUAACGAGGUACACUAGAUGUCCCAUGAAAUUCCUAUUGAACUAUAACACCUCUACAACGAGGCAUAUUUGGUUAUAACGAGGAAAAAUGAAAUCGAAGAAUAUGUUUCUUUACCUUUUACUUAGCGCAUUAAUGGCUAUAAAUAACUACCCCAACUGCCUGUAUAUAGAAAUGCCCAACAUCUGUGUUAUUAUCGAGGCCAGUGCUGUAAUAAACUUCACCGCCUGUAAUAAACUUCUUUUCUAUAUCGACCGAUAUUGAUUAUUGUAGGAAAUUUACAAUUUACGAUUUACGUGUCAUUGUUCAGGUCGACCAUGGACACCUAAUAAACUACGUAAGAAGCAUCAAAACAUUUUAAUAUUAUUGUUGUCUGAUAUAACGAGAUCCGCUUAUAACGAGGUAAUUAGUUCGCUAUUUCAGUUCUCGUUAUAGAGGGAGUGUACUGUAUAGUACUUAAUUAAUAAAUGCAAUAUCCAUCGAUGUCAAAGUAUUUACGGUUACCUAUAUGACAGACGAAUUCGCUGUGAGACGAUGAGUAGAGGGGAUUAAAUAGUUUUCGCCAGCGCUGUUAGUGGCAAAUUUGUGCAUUUAACUUGAACAAUUUUACUAGAAUAGUACAAGUUUUAAGCCCUACCGGCAAUACUCACAGCGAAUAAAAACCAUAGACAUAUUAACCGUAAACAAGGCAUACUGAGCAAAAAAGCGUAACGUGGAAGCAGUCGAUCGGUGGUCUAUCUAUCUCUUUUAACCAAUCAAUUUCGCGCAUAUGGCAGACAAAGAUGGCUAGACCACUCAAUCCUUAAUAUGAACAUCCUAAGUCUUGACGUCACAAAAUUGGGAGGAGCUUAUAUUUGACUCCAAACAAUUUUGUUUAUAAUGUUAAACACUCAUAAGGAAUUUUUAAUUUAUUGGUUACGUGGUUUGUGUAACAAAAUAAGACUUUUCAUUUAGGUAUUUAGUUAAAGAAACGUGUCAAAUUAAGAUAUUUUUAUACAGUUUUGAGGUUAUGUUUAUUUUCAACCACUAAGGAAUAAAAACCACCUGAACAAAAACGAAUAAAAUUCUCUUAAUUAACACGUUUCUUUAACGAAAUACCUAAAUGAAGUCUUAUUUUGCCACACAAAGCACAUAAAUGAAAAAUUACUUAUGACCAUUUAACGUUACAAACAAAAUUGUUUGGAGUCAAUAUAAGCUCCUCCCAAUUCUGUGAUAUUUGUGACGUCAGACUUAGGCUGUCCAUUGGCGUUACAUCUCCAUGCACAGAGCGGCAUAUACCUUGCCUAAUCUACGAGUUAUUAUAUCUAUGAUAAAAACAGAGGGAGCCUUUAAAACGUAAACUUCUUUUUCUCAAUGGCCUCUUGCGUAAGCAGUUAUCCAGUCGCAGGAACUUAUGUACAGUGGAACCUCGAUAACUCGGAUUAAUCGGAACCGCGACCGAUCCGGGUUAUCGAAAAUCCGGGUUAACCGGAGAAUAUGGUAAAAAUUAAUAAAAUACGAUAUACUUACAGAUAAACUCCAUUAUAGUUGAAAUAACAUGAACUACACAUCUAAAUUAUUAAAAACACGCAAACACAAACCUAAGCAAACUAAAGGAAACAAUACAAGACACUACAUACAAUACAGUCACAAUCGGAACGAUGUUAUGAACAAAGAAAACUAAGACUAUUGUUUAAAAAAUAAUUUUUUAAGUAGUCUUUUAGUCUUUUUUAAACAAUGUUAAGACAAUUUGAAAUAAAUAAAGGAACAAUAGGUGCCUGUUGUUUCCGAUAAAUCCGAGACAAUGACCGUCGCUCUGCCGUCGCUGCCGUGUGCCAUGAGUCAUUUUUACUAUCGUAUACAUAGUUGAAAUUACACAAAUACACAUUAUCUCUCAAAUAUUAUAUUACAUACUAUCUAUUAAUCCCUUGCAAGAUAAUUCGGAUGGAAUUCCCCAGAUUAAGAGACUGGGUCGAUAUCAAUCAAGCACAAAAUAAUCUGGGGAAUUCCAUCCGAAUUAUCUUGCAACGGUUAGUACAUUUUUAUUGUUGAAAUGUUUGUCUGAUGAAAAUCGGUCCGGGUUAGCCGGACUUCCGGGUUAUCGGGGGCCGAAUUAUCGGGGUUCCACUGUAUAUAUGAAAUAUUAUAAAUUAAUAAAAUAAAAAAAGCAUAAUUACUUUUACUAUUCAUUCUCUGUAUUCGUUGAGUAAUCAGUUUACAAUAAUAUUUCAAUUCAUAAUUUGUGUUUUUCUAGGUAAAUAUCUAUUUUUUUCGUUUUUUAAUAUUUCACAUAUACCAGUUUUAUCAGAAAAGAACAAAUUUCAAACCGCGAGAGAGCGCUACCGGCGAAAUUCACAGCGAAUAGAGAGCCAACCAACAAUUUCUGUUUUACAGUUAAACACUUUUAGUCAAGGAACGUUUACCAGAUAUAUUUCUGAUAUUUUUAUAUGAUUUGUACUAGUCAGUUUGUGAUACCAUGCUUUUAUUUGUAAUUUGUUAUUUCGUGAGAUUAUUAUUUAAAGCCUAAUUUGUUUUUUACCUGUUGCAUGGAUGGGUUUUUAGUCAUCACUCAGAUAUUUAAUAUAACCCAUACAUUAUGCAUGCGUUUGAGAUUAUAGGUUGUAAAUAGAUUAUUGCCAUGGUUACAGAUUUAAUUUAAUAAUAAAAAUAUGUAAAUAUAUUUGAAUUGUGUAUAUUUAAAUUUAUGAAGUUUGUGAAACAAUUAUAUUUUUUUAGCAUGCUUGCGGAUCCUUUGGAAAGCUAUUGUGACAUUCGAUAAUGUCAUGAAUAGUUAUUGGAUAUCCUCCAGUCCAAGUCGGGAAUAUUCUAGGGUAAUUUAUGUAUAAAAAAGGAUUGUCAUUGAUUUUCUUCGCAUAAAAGCCAAAAUUUUUUGAUCAUAAACUCUGAACACCUCUGUCCUAGAUUUUUCCAGACAUUAUCGUCAAUUUGGUCAAUCAAUACUCAAGAAUCUCUUUAAUGAAAAGAAGAAUUUCCGUAGUUUGGAUAUUACACCCAAUUAUCAGGCUAAUAUUAAAGGAUAAUAAUCAGCCAACAGAUAAGUAAAGGAGUGAGACAGGGCUGUGUAUUUUCACCAUUAUUAUUUAAUAUAUACUCAUAUAUAGGUUUAUUUACAUAUGCACUUUAAAAAUUUACAGAAGGGAUCAUGAUAAAUGGUGAGAAUAUAAAUAACAUUCGUAAUGCUGAUGAUACAGUCGUUAUCGAUGAAAGUGAGAAAAACCUGCAAACGCUACUAAACAUAAUUUGUGAUACUGAUAAAUAGUUUGGUUUGACAAUAAACAUAAAGAAAACAAAAACUAUUGUUAUCAGUAAGAGGGGCAAAGUCAUUACAACGAUCCUGAUAACAAAUGAAUCUUUAGGAGUGUGGAUUACGGAAGAUCUAAAUCCGAAAAGAAUUCGAUCAAGAAUAUAGCAAUCAAGAACAGACAUUUUGAAGAUGAGGAAAUUUCUGAGUAAUCUUUUUUAUAGUGUCGAAGCCUGGACUGUUAAUGUUACUUAAUGAGAAAGCUGAUAUGAGCACUUUUCAGAUAUGACUAGGAGAAUUUUGAAAAUACCAUGGACCGAUCAUAUUACGACCGAAAUGGUGUUGCACAGAAUGGAAAGAGCCGGAGAACUUGUGAUCACCAUUAAAAGCCAAAAGACAGCAUAUUCGGAGCACAUACUUAAAAAUGAUAAGUAUGAGUUGUUGCAGCUGAUUAUGAAUGGUAAAAUCGAAGGAAAAGAGGGUCCUGGUAGACGACAAAUAUUAAAAACACAGACGCCUUUAAUAAGUGCAGAAGAUAGACGAGUUUACAAUGGUUAUAGCCAACUUUCCUUAGUGGAGUCGGCACUAGAAGAAGAUCAGGCUAAUCUUUGGCCUUUUACUUGUCUAUUUAGGCAUAUUUAUUUUGAGCCCCGUGGAUAAUCUUUUUGGGAAUCAACAAGCAAUUAUUACGUAAUCUAACUUCUUCACUACAAUUCGUGUAUAUGUUCAUAGUAUCCACUCUGUAAGAACCUUAAUUAAUUUGUCGUUAUUAUUAACAUUUUCAAUUUUGACUUAGUUCAGUAUAUACUAUAUAUAAAUAUAAUACGAGGUAUGUAUGAUAUAUCUGAUAUAUUUGACUAAAAAUCCUUUAUAAUAUUUAUUACUCACAGUAACUUUUGUCGUUAAUUUGUUGCUAAUUAAUUUUAAGGCCUAAAUCUUGAAUGUUUAGUGUGAAUAAUUUUUACAAAGACAAAAUAGUGCCUCAAUUAUUACUGUACAUAACUGCUUGCAUUGUAUACAUUCUUUUGCAAAACUAGGUACUUGAUAUAAUAUCGUACUUAAAACAACUUGUUACAAUAAAUCUUAAAAUACUAUACACUCUGUAACAGAGGAAAAUAUAGAUUUGAAAAUAAAGAUUACCUUUCUUGACCA